AGGUCAUCAUCUGCCAUUAUGAAGUUCCCUGGGAUUUGGGUUUUUUCCUUUGUGGUUGGGGCAGCGUUGGUUUCUUUUACCUUCUCCAGCAGCUCCUCCAUUCCUGGUAUGGAGUUUUUGCAACAUGGCGAUGGUACGAGGGCGAUGGGAACAAGUAGGAAGCUGAAGGGGAUUGGCAAUGAAAAUCAGAGCAAUGUGGAUAUGGAAGAUUACCAUCCCAUUGAUCCAGUUCCAAGCUCAAAGGCAUCUAUAAAACCUGGUCCUAUUGAGCAUGGUAGUCCUCUUAUUCCAUAUAUCCCCAAACCCUCACCUCCUGACAAUCCCAAUAGUGGUGGUUCCACUUAAAGUCAUUACUAUCAUCUGAUAAUCUGUAUCGUCUCGUAUUUUAACCAUCUUUGUUUCCGAAUCUUGUACACUCGAUUAACUUAUAGUUGCCUAUGUGUAUGCAGCUUAAGUUUGUGUAUGA